AUGGAGGAGAAUGUAAAUGAAACAUUAUAUCUACAAAACCUUAAUGAAAAAGUGUCAAUCAACACUUUAAAGAAUAAACUUUCAGGAAUUUUUUCAACAUAUGGGAAAAUUAUUCAAUUAACGGCUCAUAAAAACUUGAAAAUGAAAGGUCAAGCAUUCAUCACAUAUCAAGAUAUAGAAAGUGCACAAACUGCAUUGAAAAAUCUUCAAAAAUUCAUCAUAUUUGACAAACCAGUAAAGAUUCUGUAUUCAAAAUCAAAUUCAGAUAAUCAUUAUAUAAUAAAGACAGGAGAAAAAGAUACCGAAAUUAAAGAGAUUAUUGAAAGAAAAGAAGCUAAAAGAUUACGAAAUGAAGCACAACGUGUAGAAGAGUUAAAGAAGAGACCAUCCUCAAAAGUAUUGGAUUCAGAUACUUCUAAACCUACAUUUGAUGCAUCGAAACCAAAGAGAAUAAAGAUUGAAGAUUGGAAAUCGUUACCUCCUAAUAAUGUUCUCUUGAUUCAAAACUUACCGGAUUCAACUACACAAGAAUCCUUAUUUUCAUAUUUUGAAACUCAAAAGGGGUUCAUCAAUGUACGGUUUGUUAAAAUAAGAAAAUUAGCAUUCAUUGAAUUUGAUAAUGAACCAUUAGCUACAGAAGUAUUAAACGUGUUUGAACUGGAAAAGAUAUCAUCCCAAUUUUCAGAUUCAACCAUUUUAACUUAUGCUAAAAAGUAA